AUGAGAACGUUCCUCGUAACGGCGACAGCUGUCCUGCAUUUGGCACUUCUCGGCCUUGGCCUGCAAACCGCAAUCACCAUUUCUAGGGAUGUGAUAUGGUACGAGCCCCUGGGCAUUUGUCUCAACCCAAAUGCUCCGUUGCAGACCUUUUCGCUCUACUAUGCAGCAACGCUCAUUACAGAGACUGUCAUUGCCAUAGCCACUCUGUAUCAUGCGAUUCGGUUUCAUCGCCAAGGCACUGGUCUCAAAGGAAGCCCACCAGGCAUUGUCAUUACCGCACUACAUAGAGAUGGGUUCAGUUACUUUGCGUUCUUUGCACAUUGGCAAAUGUGGAGUGCUCCGUCAAUCAUCGUACCAGUCUUGACCUACCUCGAGUUCGCAGUCAUGACCACCAUGACCGGCCGCUGGUUGCUCUCCUUUCGGCAACUUGCAAUAUCCGUCUGGAACGAUUCUCAAAGCACCCAGGAAGGGCACUAUCUGACAGGCGCCUCGAUCACGGUUCCUCCGAAAAGCACCAUCGAGUCUAUUACUCGCAGCUUCGGCUUCUCGACAUGGACAGAGCCGCGAGAUAUCGGCGAUCCGCAUUCUCUGCAAACAUUGAGAGAUUCGCAAGCGCACCAAUGGCCAGAGUGA